GAAAAAAUGUUUCGCAUAGAAAUUAUUUUUUGACGUUACGUUUUAAACAUAUAGUCAAAUGAAUGGUGCGUUAUUCUGUUGAAAUACGGUAUGUGCUUCUUUUAUACGUUUAUUUAUUAUGUAUUUGACUCUUUAUAUAUAUCUCUAUUUGUCUUCAGUGUCGCAGGAAAAUCAGUUUAUUAAAUAGUAAUUGAAAUGUCUUAAUGAAAACAAAAAAAGUCUCGUAAGAGACUGGUAAAUACAAUUAUUCGUUUACUAUUUUUUCCGUGGCAGUGACUGAGUCUGCCUCCAGAGAUGAAGGGCAACUGAAAUAAAGGAGGCGAUGAAGGGAUGGUACCCACGGUGGUUUGGGUGGUGUUAACUGACAGGCGUGAGACACUGGCCAGAGUGGAAGGAGCUUCAUGUGCCAGUAGCGAGACCUGCUGUGGUGAGAGGGACAAAAAGACAAGCAGCAGACAGAAAGGUGGCAGUUCCACACAUUCUUAUUAGCUUCAAAGGACAGUAACUAUGUCCAUCAUCUAUGUGGCAACCCGGGGAAAGGAAUGGAAAAAGUGAAGUUGAUCAAGAGUAAAGCCAGUCAGCAAGUUUGCAGAAGUGGGAUCAGAAAUUCACAAAAUCUGGUGUCUCUGGUUGCUUUCACCCUCAUCGCUGUUCUGGCCUUCCUGGAGUUCUUUGUCUACAGAGCGACGUGGAUGAAGUAUGAAUAUGAGGUGGACAAAGACUUUUCCAGUAAAAUGAGAAUAAAUAUCGACAUCACCGUGGCCAUGAAAUGUCAAUAUAUUGGUGCUGAUGUUCUGGAUCUUGCAGAAACCAUGAUCGCGUCUGAUGGCCUGAAAUAUGAACCAGUUAACUUCGAGCUUUCACCGGAACAAAGACUAUGGCACAGGACACUCCUGCACAUCCAGGACCGUCUGCGGGUGGAGCACGCGCUGCAGGACGUGUUCUUCAAAGCUGCCAUAAAAGGACAAGCUCCUAUUCCAUCUCAGCGUGACGACGGCAUGUCUGACCUCACCUCCUGCAGGAUACAUGGACACCUGUAUGUGAACAAGGUGGCGGGAAACUUCCACAUCACGGUGGGAAAGUCCAUCCCCCACCCUCGAGGACACGCACAUCUCGCCGCCCUCAUAAGCCAUGACUCUUUCAACUUUUCUCAUCGGAUCGACCAUUUGUCAUUCGGAGAGGCGAUACCCGGCAUCAUCAGCACCCUGGACGGCACCGAGAAAAUCUCUUCCGAUGCGAACCACAUGUUCCAGUACUUCAUCACCAUCGUCCCCACAAAACUCAACACCUACAAGGUCUCCGCAGACACACAUCAGUACUCCGUCACCGAGCGGGAACGUGCCAUUAACCACGCUGCCGGCAGCCACGGAGUCUCCGGCAUCUUCAUGAAGUACGACAUCAGCUCACUGAUGGUGAAAGUCACUGAGCAGCACAUGCCUCUCUGGCAGUUUCUGGUGCGACUGUGUGGCAUCAUCGGAGGCAUCUUCUCCACCACAGGAAUGCUGCACGGCAUGGUCGGCUUCCUGGUCGAUGUCUUCUGCUGCCGCUUCCAAGUUGGAGCUUACAAGCCACUGACGGAGGAUCCCAUGAAGACACAUGAGCAGAGUGAACCUUCAAGCCCCUGUGAAAACUUGAGCGAGCCGCUAGACAUAGGCAGACAGCUGCUGCUAGAGCAGUGAGGCUGGGCUGAAGUGAGUAUUUUGAAGGUUUUUAAUGCAUUCCUGGAUGACAAACUUGAGCUCAGGGUCGAGAGGACUGAAGCAGAACAGUUUCAGGAUUCUGUCUGUGGAAGCUGCAUCAGGAAGAUUAACAGGUCGGGUUAAGUUAAUUCUUCAUUAGCGAGCGCUCGGGCGUGUAAGCGUAUCCACGUCAGGAUUGUUGAACUCGCCUCCCGUCAUUUUGCUACAAACUGGGUCCCUGUCUCACAAAUGUGCCUCUGACCAACUGCUGGAAAUAAAGUGGGUUUUUGUCCA